AUGUCCAUCCAUGGAUUCCCCGGAUCAAAGGCUGCAUGUGAACCUUCAUCUACCGGUUCUGGACCAGUAACAUUCAUAUUUGAGAAAGUAUGUUUGUUUCUCCCGGCGGUGGAAAAGUCACGAGAGGUAAAAAUUGUGGAGGAAGUCGUGAAAACUGAUGAAUCUUUCAAAGACGAGGGAACUCCAAGUAGUGAAAAAGAGAUAGAAAUAGUUGAAGAGAAGAAAGAAGAGGUUAAACCGACAUUUGUUCCUGUCCCCGCUGCUGCCGAGGAGAAGAAGCCAGCCGUGGAAGAGGAGAAGAAGGCGGUGGUGGAAGAGAAGAAGCCAUCCACGGAAGAGGAGAAGAAGCCAGCCGUGGAAGAGAAGAAGCUAGUCGUGGAAGAGGAGAAGAAGCCAGCCGUGGAAGAGAAGAAGCCAAUGGAGGAGGUCAAAAAAGAAGUUGUUGCCCCAGUGCAAGUAGCUGAAACUCCAUCCACUAAGGUCACAGAGGCUCCAGUGGUUGUAACUCCGGCCAAGGCUCCAGAAACUACUGCGGCUGCGACACAAAAAGCUUGAAUUUUUUCAUUAUACAUUUCUUUAGAAAAUAUUGCUCGUCUUUGUGUCGAUGAUCUAUUUUGUUUGUUUUAUAUAUUUAUUAUCCAUGUAAUUUUCCUAUACAUUAAUUUGUUUGCUUGAAUUAUCCAUUUUAUGAUCACAUUCUUAUCUUUCUAGCAACGUUCUUUAAACUUUUUAUUCAUUUUAAAUUCAGUUUCAGAAACUAAAAAUCAAAAUUUAAAUUUAAUUUUAGAUUCUUGUUUUUAGUUUUCAUUUAUUAAUUCACAUGAUCUGAGUAAAACUCUGAAUGUGUGUUAAGGAGUUUAAUCCAAUGACUCAACUCACCCCAAUUCAAACCAUACCAAAAAUCGCAAAUUUAAUCCAACAUAAUAUAAAUGAAACUAUUCUUUCUAGUUCAACGAAAACGAUUAUGUCUUUUGAAAUAAACUGAGGGAUUUAUUAUUAGAGACAAGUUAUUCUAUUAUCAGUACUCACUGAGUAAACGAAUUCGGUCCAGCAGUAAAAACGGUAAGAGAAAAUCAAAUCAGCAAAAGAAAUGAAAAAUACCUAGCCAACUUCUUAUAAAUAGAGAGGAAAUCAUUCUGAAAAAGGAACAUUUACAAACACGGAAAUCUAUAGAAAAUUAACAUGUAUAGAUUUAUCGUCUUAAAACAUUGGUGGUGAUUGGUUUGGUUGUAGAUGUAAAGUUGUUACUGUAGACUUUUAUGCAGAGAUUUCUGCUUAGUUAAAUUUGUUGUAGCUUACAGCUAUAGACCGUAGAUAUUUUAAAAUAAAAUAUUUGAACCAUGUGAUUUAUAUAUGUAACAAUUAUUUUUAUCAAUUAAAUAAUUUAUAUUAAUAUUAUUUUUAUAAAUUAUCAAAGUUUACUAUUAUUUAAAAUGUGGUAUGAAAAUAAUAUUUCGAUUAUUUAAAAUAUUUUAAUAAUCUUAGAAACACCAAAACUAAAUUAAAAUAGUUAAAAAUAUUUUUAUUUAUGACUAUCUAAUUUAUUUUAUAAUAUAGAUAGUUUUCCAUUUUCAGAUUCUACAACCUAUAAAAAGAUAAUGUAGGGUUUUUUGUUUAAAAUACAUAAGAAAAAAAAUUGCUUUAUUUUUUAUUACUGUAGCUUUAAAAAUAACUAGAGCUUGACCCACGCGCCCGCGCAUGUAUUAGUUUUUACGUAUUUAUACAUUGAUAUUUGUUUUUCAUGAUUAGUGCAAUAUAUUUUAGAUAUGUCUCCAUAUAACUAAUUGUAUUCAAAAAAUCCGGAUAUAACCGGAUAAUAUGAUUAUUUUUGGUUCAAAUAUCUAAAUCAUUUUCAAAUACAUUCGUUAUUUGAAUAUUUUUAGUUUUCUGUACAUCAGAACCAAAUUCAUACAUACCCACGAGAUCCAAUUUGAAACCCACACAUAAAUUUAUAUCCAAACAUGGCCUAAUUUCAAAACCCAAAAAAUUUAUACCCGAAAAACGAUCCGUACCUAAAUGGGUACCCGAAUAUCUAUGCCUAACAGAUUCCAUAAACAAAUAUAUAUAUAUAUAUAUAUAUAUAUAUAUAUAUAUAUAUAUAUAUAUAUAUAUAUUUGUUUAUGGAAUCUGUUAGGCAUAGAUAUUCGGGUAAAUUAAGGUACGGAUCGUUUUUCGGGUAUAAAUUUUUUGGGUUUUGCUAAAUUAAGUGAUAUAGAAAAAAAUUAUUUAGUAAUAUUUUUACAAUAUUAAUAAUGAUCAAUAUAUGAAUAUCGAUUUGUUUAGAUAAGUUUUGGAAUUGUAAUUAAUUAAUUUAAAUUGAUUUUAAAUGUAGUGGUAGAAUCCGUAAAUAAAAAGAAAUACAAAAAGGAAGUAACUAAAAAGAAAUUUCAAAACCCAAAAAAUCUAUACCCGAAAGAAACAACUCGUACUUAAAUGGGUACCCGAAUGUCUAUGCCUAACUGAUUUUGUAAACAAAUAAAAAAUUUGUUUUAAUGUGUUUGGCUAAAUUAAAUGAAAUA